ACCACCGGCACCGAUACCGGCGGCACCGGCAGCACUGGCACCACCGGCAGCGCCAGGCCGAGCCGCUGGGUACGCGGCACCGCGCCACGGAUUCCAGCGGGAAUCUCCUUCCCCCAUCUAACCGGAAAAAAGGCCUGGCUUAUGUCUGUGUGUGCAUGUGUAUAUGCGCGUGUCCCUGUGUGAGCACCAGGGCCAGGUGCUGACAGUCACUGGCUGGGAGGACUGGGAUGAGUUUGGAAUCUGGACUGUCCUGGACUGUCUGAAGCACUCCUUCUGUGAAUGUCUGCACACUCCUGGGCUUCCAUCUCUGCCAGUGGCACCUUUCAUCUCUGCAUAAAGCUGUUCUUCAGUUUUGCUUUGCAGAGCAAGUUCCUGCAGAAAAGGAAGACGGGAUCUCAUUUCCCCAGAGGCUGUUGAGUCCUGUGUCACCUCGAGAGCCACUGUUAGGUGUCCCCAUGUCCCUUGCCAGGACAUGCCAUCCCUCCUGGUGACUGCUACUUUCUGACUGACUCCUGCCCAGCCUGGACACCUGUGUGCCUCCCUUUGCCAUCCAAAGCUGUCCCUUCAAGCGUGCUGAGAAACAAAUGGGAGCUGGAGGUGCUCUGUCACAGAAACCAAUGCUUGCUGCCAGCCAUGUGCCCAGCUGAGCGGGUCCCAGUGCCCUCUGCCCCCAGGGCCUGUGCCAGUAGCCACUCUGGGAUUUGCUGAGCCGCAGGGUUCAUGUUGAGCGUGCUGUGUUUUAGGGUUUUGAGGAAAAUGCAGAGGCGGCACAGCAGCAACACGGACAGCGUGCCUCCUGAAAGGAGCCGGAGCCAGACGCUGAGCUCUGAGGCCAGCGUGGACGAGAGCGGAGUGUUCGAGAGCCUCAAGGCCGAGGCCGCCUCCCCUCAGCAGCUCUUCUCGGGGCUGGCCGGCCUGCCCGCCGCCUCCAUCGCCGCCGCGCCCUUCCCGGCCGGGCUGGUGCUGGGCUCGGCGGCCGGAGGGGGAGAAGUCUUCAUCCAGAUGCCGGCCUCGAGGGAUGAGGGUGCCGGUCGGGCUGAGGGGGCUCCGUUCCACCACCGGGCCCCGGCGCAUCCCUUCCAGCACGGGCACCACCGCGGCUCCUCGCUGCUGCACAUGGCGGGCGGAGAGCGGCACGGGCACGGCGAGGAGGGCGCCGAGGAACAGGCCGGGACGCCGGCCCCGGCUCUCUCCGAGCUCAAAGCUGUCGUUGGGUGGCUGCAGAAGGGGCUUCCCUUCAUCUUGAUCCUCCUGGCUAAAGUUUGUUUCCAGCACAAGCUUGGAAUUGCUGUGUGCAUUGGCAUGGCCAGCACCUUUGCCUACGCCAACUCCACGCUCCGAGAGCAGGUGGCUCUGAAGGAGAAGAGAUCAGUGCUGGUUGUCUUCUGGAUCCUGGCCUUCCUCACUGGAAACACCUUGUACUUGCUUUACACAUUCAGCUCUCAGCAGCUUUACAACAGCCUAAUAUUCCUGAAACCCAACCUGGACAGGCUGGACUUCUUUGACCUGAUGUGGAUUGUGGGCAUUGCAGACUUUGUGCUGAAGUACCUCACCAUUGCCCUGAAAUGCCUCGUGGUGGCCCUGCCCAAGAUCAUCCUCGCUGUCAAGUCAAAGGGAAAGUUUUAUCUGAUCAUUGAGGAGCUGAGCCAGCUGUUCCGCUCGCUGGUGCCCAUCCAGCUGUGGUACAAAUACAUCAUGGGGGAUGAUCCCUCCAGCAGCUACUUCCUGGGUGGCAUCCUCAUCAUCAUGUACAGCCUCUGCAAGUCUUUUGACAUCUGUGGCCGUGUGGGAAGUGUCAGGAAGGCACUGAAGGUCCUUUGCACCCCCCAGACCUAUGGGGUCCGUGCCACGAGCCAGCAGUGCAGUGAGGCAGGAGACAUCUGUGCCAUCUGCCAGGCAGAGUUCAGGGAACCUCUGAUCCUUCUGUGCCAGCACGUGUUCUGUGAGGAGUGCCUGUGCCUGUGGUUCGACCGGGAGAAGACGUGUCCCCUGUGCCGCUCGGUGACCGUGGAGACGCUGCGCUGCUGGAAGGAUGGCACCACCUCUGCCCACCUGCAGGUGUACUGACAGACAGACAGACAGCAGGGCAGCUCACCUGGAAAAUCCCAGGAUCCCUGCUCAGUUCUGUCAUUCCUUUUUCCAGCCAACAGAACAAUUGUGACUGGGCAGAAACUUAACCCUGGAAGGCAGGGGAGGUGUGGGUUAUGUUGUGAUAAACUCCAGGGUGUUUCUGGAGCUUACAGGGUUGUAAAGUGUCUGGGAUGUUUCCUGUUUUCCUUUCAGUAUGGACAAACAGCGUGUCCAGGGCAGGGGAGCUGUGAGUGCUGAACAAAGCUGUGCUCUGCCUCAGGAGCUCCACAUCCCCUGGGCCUGCAUUCCCUGAGUCCAUCACUUCACAGAAUUGCACAGCACCUCUCUCUGAGAACUCUUCCCAAGCAGGGCUUCAGAACCUCCUGUCCAGAGCUGCAGUUGCAGAAAUGUCAUUUCCCAGUUGAUUCCACAAAUGGCACGUGCUGUCACCUUAGGAGAAUCACAGGGAGCUUGGGAAGGACCUUGCCAGUGGAGCUGGAAGUGACACCUCCUUUCCCUGGAAAUGUUCUUCCUCUUUAACUUUCAUGGUGAGACUUUGUGAUUUCCCAGUCUCUGGGGAGAGCAGAGGGAGGUUGAAGUUGAGUUGGGUUUGUCUGGAUGGAAAUGCAGCACCUGUCCAAGAGCAUCUCACAGCUCAGUGUCCCUGCCCUGUGCUCCUCCAGCAGGGCAAACCAGAGCCUUGAGCUUCAGCAGGAGCUCCUGAGGGAGGAGAUCCCUGGCAGGAAUGAACAGGAAUUACCCAAUCCCUGUGGCUGAGCUCUCUGCUGAGCUUCUCCAGCAGCACAAGCCCUCAGAGGGAGGAGCUGCAGUUUGUUCUGGAGCUUUCCCUGUCCCCAAACCACCCUGAGGAGCAGCAGCAUCCCCAGCUCAUUGCCAUGGAAAUGGCUGAAGGUGACAGCCCCACCUGAGCAUCAGCAGGAAGAGGCUCCUGAGGGAAGGAGGUUCUGGCUGUGCUGCUGGAGACUCCACAGGGAGGAAUUCAAGCCAACAGGAGCUGAUGGGAGCAGGAGUGAAGCUCCACAUUUCUGUGGAAUAAGCUCAGAGUGGCUGAGGAGUGGUGAAAGCUGGGCAGAGUCCAGACCUGGCUUGAGAGGUCCAGGGAAGCAGAGCAGGAAAAGCUUUAAUUUCCAAAGCAAAGUGAUGUCAAAUUCCUGUCUGAUGGACCCUGUGAAAGUGAACUGGGCCAAGGAAUCCCAUUGCUCUCUGCAAUGGGAACAGCUCCCUGUCUGUGGGAUGGGAGAGCUCAGAAUGGCAGUGAGCAGUUUUUCAUUGGGCAUAACAAAUGUGGUGUGUGAUAGUCUGGAAUAUUGACCAGGAAAAGGGAAAUGGGUGAUUCCACGGGCAGGGAGGUUCUGAAAGGCCUCAGUGUCACUGCAGUGCCAGGGAACACAAGGCUUGGUGUUGCUGCUUUCAAACUGUUUCAAAAGCUGCUUCUCAUUCUGCAUUUUUUUCCCUAAAUGCUCCUGGAAAAUGUGUUUGGAGGAAUGUAGGAAAAGCCCAGUAGGAAAGUGUGGGCUACACUGCUUCAAAAUUCAGUUUUUAUUGGUGGUAAGGCAGGAAAUCACAGGGAAAGUGUGGGUUUGCAUUCUUAAAAUUUGGGGGUUUUUUUUGGAGGAUGGUCCUACCUUCUCCUAGAACAUGACAAAAAACAUCCAGGGGGAACUUCAGUUCCAAUGAUUGUUGAUUUCCAUGGGAAAACAGGGAAGGCUGUGGAAGGAAAUUCCCCAGAGAGAGGAAAUAAAACUCAGAGCCUUUUUUUUUUUGCCAUUGAACAGUUAUUUUUCUUUUUUUUUUUUUUUAAUAAAUUCCUUAUAAAUAUGUACAAAGAGUCUCAGCAUAUGAAAUUCCUUUUACAAAAGAGAGAAGCCCCAUCCAGCCAGGAGCAGGAGCCUCCUGGAGCUCCAGGAACUCCGAGCACAGGCCCUGCCCUUGCUUUGGUGAGGGGAAACCUGCACAGUGACCCUGCUGGAUUUCAUCCCAAUGCUUCUGGAUCAGCAAAAUGCCAGGAAUUGGGCAUUCCCUGCCUGGCAUUCCCUGGGCAGUGCCCCUGGCAGAGACUGGGCAAUUCCCAGUGGCCUCAGGACUAAGGAGGAUGGGAGGGUUUUGUGAUAAACUGGUGGAUGACUGGACAAGGGAUGCUGUAAAAACCCAGGGAAUUAAAUCCCACUGCAGCUGGGUCUGCUCUGCUUGCUGCCACCUGUAACUGCUGAUGGAGUAACUAAUAAAGGUGUAAUUAAUAAUGGUGUAACUAAUUAAUGGCCAUUUAAGCCUCAGAUGCUUUCAGUGAAUAUUUAUCAAGCUCCAGAGUCUCUUCCUGUAAAUAUUAAAUACCUUGGGAUAUUCAACACUUCAGU